CAAAGAAGAAGAAUAUGAAGAUGAUAAACCCGUCAGUGUUCGCCAUGUCCAGAAAUUCAAGAUCUCGAUGCUGGCUACAUGUCACUUCGGAUGACCAUCACCUAGUCGAUUUCAAGUCGAGGAGGCAAGCGGAUCUCAGCCAAAUCUGUUCUUCUCCGGGAUGGCAUCGAUCUUGAACAAACCCAAGCGGAUUAUUGAUCUAGAUGUACGGGAUAUCCGAUUCCCGACCUCUUUGACGGCCGACGGAUCGGACGCCACUCAUCCGGAUCCGGAUUACUCGUGCGUGUACGUGCGUCUCUAUACUGAUGACGACAAUUACGUUGGGUGUGGCUUGACGUUUACCAUUGGUCGAGGUAAUGAGUUGGUUAAGCAUGCCGUGGACUCACUUCGAUUUUUGGUGGUUCGACGAUUCAUCGAAGACAUUCAGGAAAACAUGGCUUGUUGGGUGAAUGAUCUAGCAAACGAGAGCCAACUUAGGUGGGUGGGACCGGAGAAAGGUGUUAUUCAUCUGGCCAUGGCUGCCAUCGUCAACGCCUUUUGGGACCUGUGGGGAAAGAUUGCCAAGAAGCCCGUCUGGAAACUGCUCAGCGAAAUGAGCCCGGAGAGAAUCAUCAGCUUAAUCAACUUCAAAUAUAUCAACGAUUACUUAUCAAAGGAAGAAGCCUUGGCCAUCUUGAAAAAGAACGAGCCGUUCAAGCGGGAACGCGAGUUAUGGAUCACCAAGCGGGGAUUUCCAGCCUACACAACCCAAGUGGGAUGGUUGGGAUAUGACGACAAAAAAUUGCGCGAAAAUGGAAGAAAGUUUCUCAGAGAUGGAUUCACAGCCUUUAAGAUGAAGGUUGGAAGUGACAUUGAGGAUGACAAGCGGAGGUUGAGGAUCAUCCGAGAGGUGAUCGGGCCUAACAAUAAGUUAAUGGUGGAUGCCAACCAAAAGUGGGGCGUCCAAGAAGCCAUUGAUUGGAUGAAUGAGUUGGCACAAUUCAAUAUACAUUGGAUAGAGGAACCCACCUCCCCAGAUGAUGUUCUAGGCCAUUUGAAAGUUAGCCAAGCAUUGGAAAAACACGGCAUUGGAGUAGCCACGGGUGAAAUGUGUCAAAAUCGAGUGAUGUUCAAACAAUUCCUUCAAGCAGGAGCGUUGCAAUUUUGCCAAAUUGAUUCUGCUCGUAUGGGUGGCCUCAACGAUGUUUUAGCCGUUUAUCUCAUGGCAUCCAAGGCUGGGAUCCCAGUUUGCCCUCAUUCCGGCGGAGUGGGCUUGUGUGAAAUGGUUCAACAUCUUCAAAUGUUUGAUUAUGUGGUGUUGUCGGGGUCCAUUGAGAACCGAUUAAUCGAAUUCAUCGACCAUCUUCACGAACACUUUGAAUUCCCGCCCAAGUUGGGCCGAGCCAGGUACUUUCCGCCCAUGGAUUACGGUUAUAGCACGGAGAUGAAGUACGGAUCGAUUCGGGAUUACGAGUACCCAGAGGGUGCUACUUGGAAGCGGUUACUGGAUAAGGGUCAAUAUCGCGAUCCUAGCCUCGAAUUCAAGAAAUACCUUUAGCUAAAAUGGAACCGUCACCAAUCACUUUAUUUUCAUAAGUUAGAACGGAUCAAUCACACUCUAUAAAAUUAGCUGUUCUUGGCACCGAUAUAUGUAGUAAUGGUCUUAACCUCUGUGUAGGCAUUCAAUCCGUAUGAACCCAGUUCACGGCCACUUCCGGAUUCCUUGAACCCGCCAAAGGGAGUCAUGCACGAAAACACAUUGUAGCAAUUCACCCUAAAGGAGAAUAAUUGAUUUUU